AGGUGGCAAUUUGGUAUGGAAGAGUGGGGGGGGGGAGUGGGGAGCUGUGAUAAAUUCGUACGCAAAUUACAAAUAUACUUAUAGGUUACUAAAAAAUUCUCUCCUAAGAGAGAUUCGGCUCGUCUACUGACCCCCCGGCUUUUUCGGUACAAUUUCUUGAUGGGAGGUUUCAGCCAUUCUGGAAAAUGUAAGGGUUCCACUCCUGAGAAUAUCUUUUCUAGAAAAUGAGUCACAAUUUAUCAGAAGUGGCUGACCGGAAGCUAUGUUGGGUGAUUUUGUCCUAAAGGUUAACACGCUUAACAGGCAUGAUUUCCAUGUGGUAAUCCGUCAAUGGAAAGAUACUAUGUCUUGGGUAUGAGAAUUUCGGCGCUAGAAUUUUAAUUUUCAUCAGUGUCUUUGGCAAGACAUUCUCACACCUUUAUCUGUAUUUUUUACUCGUGUCCUCACAAUAAAAUGAAUUGGUCUGCUAAGGGGAAUUAAAUGUACGUGAUCAUGUGACGUGACUCAACACAACCAAACCUUUGAGUUCACAGUCCAAGAGAAUCGUGACAGGUGAAUUCGGAACUCUGGAUGUCCUGCAUACCUUGCAGAUAAAAGCUGUUUUUUUUCUAUUUUUCCCUUUUAUUGUCUGUAUGAAUAAGAGUUUUUGACUGAAAGUUCUCGUAAACAUGGCGGAGAAUGGCAACCAGCUGAUGUUUCAACUCUGUCACGCGAGUACAAGAAGAGAUUUACGUGACAAUGCAGAAUCGGCCCAGAUCCCUUCACAGCCGCGGUUGAACCCACUGAAUCAUCCAAAAUGGCGGGUCAGGUACGAGUGCUUCAACUCGAAGCGGGACAAGAGCUGGAAACAAAACUAUUCAGAAUCGAGAAAGGAUGGACUCUGCGCUUCACAUUGGGUCCUUCAUUACAACCGUACAAUGUGCACCUACUUUGCAACCACCCACCAUCCAACCAGCAUUCAUUUGAUAGAAAAAAGUACACAGAAUUGAUAUGGACUUGCCCACCUGGACAGGAAUGCGAUGAUGCUGAUAGAUAUGCAGAUAUCAUAGCAGAUACUGCAGGAUCAUUUCAUUUCUAUGUUGUUUAUAAAGAUGGUGAACACAAAGGAAAAGAAGAGAAAAGGACAACAUCAGGUUAUUUCUCAGUGGAUCCAGUUUUAAAAGUAAACAGUUCAGAGACCAUCCCUUUAGAGUGUGUAAGCUUACAGACUGUGCUGUCCAAGAGUUUAGGACCACUGGAGGAGUGGAGUGACCGACUUAGGGUAACCAAAGAAACUGGCUACAACAUGAUUCACUUUACGCCAAUACAACAAUUAGGAAAGUCAAACUCUUCCUAUUCUCUAUCAGAUCAACUCAGCCUCAAUGCUGCUUUCCAUUCACCUGGAAAAAAGAAUGCUUCUUUUGAUGGAGUCAAAGAUAUCCUUGACAAGAUGCGCAGUGAGUGGAAGGUGAUGUCUAUAGUGGACAUAGUUCUGAAUCACACAGCAAAUAACUCUCCGUGGUUAUGGGAUCAUCCAGAAUGCUCUUACAACUUGGAUAACUCUCCUCAUCUCAAACCCGCAUUUUUAUUGGAUCGUGCCUUGUGGCAUUUCACCUGUCAAGUAGCUGAUGGGGUGUGGGCUGCAGAUGGUUUGCCUGCGGAAGUGAACUGUGAAGAGCAUAUACAUAGAAUUGGUGAUAUUUUACGACACAAGGUCUUGCCAAAGCUACGGUUAUGGGAGUUAUUCAGUGUGGAUGUCGCAAAGGCAGUUGAUCAGUUCCGUAAUACCAUACUGAAGGUAAAAAAACCAGGCAGUGGCUCUUUAAAAGAAGAUGAGAAACCGCUUGAAUUGACAGAAGAUUCAUCUUAUGAACGCUUCUCAGCAACUGUUGAUAUGGUAAAGGCUGUUGAAAAGUUUAACAGAGAACGCUCUGAUGCCUUGGAUGAAAAACAACGGCUGCAUUUGUGUAGCGAGGACUUUAAAGCACAUCUCAACAACCUUAAUGACACAGUCAAAAACAAGAAAGUUGCUGAUCAUAUCGAAUCUGCCAUCCAAAGUGUCCAAAAUACUGUGCGCUAUGAACGUCUUGCUGGGCAUGGACCAAGACAUCCAAGAGUUAAAAGAACAUGUCCUUUGGUGACAACUUAUUUCACAACACCUGGGGACUGUGAUACUGUAGAAGAAGAGGAGAAGCUCAUGUAUUCAGACAAAGCAAAGUUUUGCAUGGCCCAUCCUGGAUGGAUAAUGGGGGGUGACCCUCUGAAGGACUUUGCUGCACCAGGAUCACUUGUCUAUCUCCGUCGCGAAGUAAUAGCAUGGGGUGACAGUGUAAAACUUCGAUAUGGUAAAGGAACAGAGGACGCACCCUUUCUUUGGGAUUUCAUGUUACAGUAUACACAGAUUUGUGCAAGGUUAUUUGAUGGCAUUCGUCUUGACAAUUGCCACAGUACACCACUUCAUGUGGCAGAGUACUUUGUAGAUGCAGCAAGGCAAGUGAAACCUGACCUGUAUGUUACGGCAGAAUUGUUCACUGGUUCUGAAGCCACUGACAAUAUUUUUGUGAACCGACUGGGGAUCACAUCACUUAUAAGAGAAGCCCUAAAUGCUCACGACCCACAUGAGGAAGGCCGACUGAUUUACCUGUAUGGGGGUGAAACUGUUGGUGCCUUUAUGCAUCCAUCAGCUGUGAAGCCUUUAGUGCCCAUCAUUGCACAUGCUCUGUUUAUGGAUGUUACACAUGAUAACCCUUCUCCAUUUGAGGUGCGAUCGGUCUAUGACUCAAUUGCCAGUUCAGCUUUGGUAUCAAUGGCAUGUUGUGCUACAGGCAGUUCAAGAGGAUAUGAUGAACUGGUACCUCACCAUAUCCAUGUUGUAAAAGAAGAUCGCUUGUACUUGUCUUGGCCAAAUGAGAACUCUAAACUUAAAAAAGCAGCAUUUGUAAAAGAGAGUGAUGGUAUUAUGUUGGCUAAAAGAGCCAUCAAUGAACUGCACAGGUGGCUCGGUGAAGAAGGAUACACGCAGGUGUAUGUGGACCAGAUUCACCAUGAUGUUCACGCCAUUACCAGGCACUGCCCAGACAAAAGAAAGACUGUCGUUUUAGUCGCACAUUCUGCUUUCCACCACCCCUCUGAGCAUCUUCAACCCACAAAGGACAGGCAGAAGAUUCAUAUGAGUGGUAUUCCACCUCUUAACAUACCAGGUGAGAUCAACGAAAUCAUUUUUGAAGCUAUGUUGCUAAAGAAGCAAGAUGCUGGUGAGUUUAGUAAAGAUGCUGCGUUUAUUAAUGGACUUCAGUCACAUGAAGUGCUGCUCCAGAGGCAUGUUCCACUCCACGAGGCGAAGACAUGCCGUGCUGAACAGAAAGGAAACAACACUUUUGAAGUAUAUUUUGAUAACUUCGCUCCGGGAAGUGUCAUUGCAUUUGAUAUCACCAUGGAAACCAAUGUCAAGAAUGCUCUAGGUCAAUUAAGACAGCUUGGAGUGGACUUGUACCAAAAACGAUCUGGGAGCCAAGAGAGUUACAACAAGAUUGAUGAAUUGGACGCCAUACUCGCCAAUCUGUCGCUGUCUGAUCUAAAUCGAGUACUGUACCGAGCAGAUCCCGAAGAACGAGAUGAUGGUAAUGGUGGGGGAGUGUAUGUUCUGCCUGAUACAGGACCUCUCGUUUAUUGUGGGUUGCAAGGUGUAAUAUCAAUACUGGCCAAUGUCCGUCAGUUUGAUGAUCUCGCUCACCCUCUGUGUAGAAAUCUGCGAGAAGGAAACUGGUUGUUGGAUUACGUUGUGGGAAGACUUCUUCCUUUUGUUGGCACAAGACAGCUGGGUGUAUGGCUUGACAAGGUUUUCAGUCUGAUCAAGGAAUGUCCAAGAUAUCUGGUGCCGUGUUACUUUGACGCCAUCAUCACCCCUCUUUAUCUUAAACUGCUGGAUCGAGCUUGGGGCCAGAUGUCAAGUUUUGUUCAGAAUGGCUCAUCAUUCCUCAAAGCCCUUUCACUUGGCUCGCUCCAGUUCGUCGGCCUGUCUCGGACAGCCUCGCUUCCAGCUCUGUCGCCCCAGCUGUACCAUGGUCCAUCAUCUGGGGCCGAGAUGCCAACUCUGAUGUCAUUAGCGGCUGGUUUGCCUCAUUUUUCUUCUGGUUUCAUGCGCUGCUGGGGGAGAGAUACGUUUAUUGCACUUAGAGGUUUAUUACUUGUAACGGGCAGGUACCAGGAUGCUAGACAUCAUAUCUUAGCCUUCGCCGGAUGUGUCCGCCAUGGCCUCAUUCCCAACCUGUUGGACGGCGGACGCAAGCCCCGUUAUAAUUGUAGGGACGCUCCGUGGUGGUGGCUCCAGUGUAUUCAGGAUUAUUGCUCCAUUGUCCCGGAUGGACUGAAGAUCUUGUCGGAUCCAGUCUCCAGGAUCUUCCCCUCGGAUUGUUGUGAUCCGCAGCCGCCAGGCAAAACGGAUCAGCCUCUAUAUGACGUGAUACAGGAAGUGAUGCAACGCCAUUUCAACGGUAUCAGUUUCCGUGAGCGGGGAGCUGGGUCCGAGCUGGACAAUCACAUGCAUGAAGCAGGGUUCAACGUCUCUGUGGGUGUUCAAGAGAGAACUGGGUUUGUCUAUGGUGGGAGCCAGUGGAAUGCUGGGACAUGGAUGGACAAAGUUGGUGAAUCUCGUUUGGCGGGAAACUUUGGAGUGCCUGCCACUCCCAGGGACGGCAGCGCUGUCGAGAUAGUGGGUCUUUGUAAGUCAACCGUGCGCUGGUUAGCUGACUUGUGUGAUCAAAAGAACUUUCCAUAUGCGGGCGUUUCAAAACUUCAAGAUGGUUUUCCCGUAGAGUUAUCUUACAAGGAGUGGAACAUGAAGAUUCAGGAUGCAUUUGAGAAACAUUUCUGGAUACCUGAAGAUCCUAACGAUAAAAAGCAACAAGGGGAUGAAGACAAACUGGUGCACAGAAGAGGAAUUUACAAAGACACUGUAGGAGCUACUCACAGAUUCACUGAUUACCAGUUCAGGCCUAAUUUGUGUGUGGCUAUGGUUGUGGCUCCAGAGAUGUUUAACCCUGAGCAUGCGUGGAAAUGUCUGGACAUGGUGGAGGAAAUUCUCCUGGGUCCACUAGGCAUGGCUACAUUGGAUCCCAGUGACUGGGCGUAUGAAGGAGUUUAUGACAACUCGCAAGACUCCACCUCAUAUAAGAGUGCAAAGGGAUUUGCUUAUCACCAAGGCCCGGAAUGGCUCUGGUGCACAGGUCCUUUCUUAAGAGCUCGGCUGUAUUUCGCUAAAAAACUUCAUGGUCCAAAGGGACUGGAACUGGCGGUUGUGCGUGUAAAGAGCAUCCUGGCAAGACACAAAGUAGAGAUAACCAGCUCCCCAUGGCGUAGUCUACCAGAACUUACAAAUGCAGGGGGGGCUCCGUGUUAUGAUGGCUGCCCAGCACAAGGGUGGUCUGUCGGCUGCUUGUUGGAUGUGUUGUACGAUAUGGAAAAGUUGAUUAAGGAUAAUUAAACUUGAAUAAUUAGAUUUCAUAAGUAUUUCCUUCCCUAUCGUUGUUUUAAGCAAUCGUUCGUAACAUAACGUAAUGUUGGGUUGGUCACGCUGUCGUCAAUAUGUGUUGUGACCAUAACCGAUCACGGAAUGCGUUGAAUUGCGUGAUUAACAGGAGGGCUCCGGUAAAGCCGAAUAUCCUAGAGAUAUCCCGGUAGGUUAUUCUAAGCAGUUAUCGCUUAGAUCAGGUUUAUUAGGUGGUGACAAUGAUGAAUAUUUGGGUAAUAUUGUUUGGUUAAGAAUUGUCAUUUGCUAACAGGCGAAGGUUUUAUUUUUUACUUAAGAUCCCUUUUGAAUGAGUUUAGGAAAGACAUCAAACUUUCAAAGAAGCUUCCUUAGGGCAAAACCUUUUUUUAGUGGUUUAUUUAAGAAAGGAUGUAAUUUUUUUCUUGAGGCCUGUGCAGCUAUGUAUGUAUUACCAUUUUUCGACUCCUAAGGCAGAAACACGAGUUACAAAAGAAAAUGAACAUCUGUUGUAAUGAAAGAUCAAGGAAUUGUAGUAUUUUUGUGAAAUCGUAGGUAUACUUUAAGAACCUGGAUGCAAUCCUUUCUUUGUCCAACUUUAGAUCUCUUUUCGAGCUCUUUUAUUUUAACGAUGUGCAUUGGCGCAUAAGUUUGAGCCUGCAAAGAAGAAAAGGACGUAGAGUGGAUUACAGCGUGGGAUAGUUUAGUUUUUUCCAACAAGUACAACAUAAUAAAAAUAGUUAUUUCGUGGAAAGGAACUAAUUGCAUAGAAUAUCAAAUUGUUUAUGUGUAUGGUAUAUUGAUUGUCUAAUUAUUUUUGUUAUGUUAUUAUGCAAGUUAAAUCGUCAUGCUUACUUUGCAUUUAAGGUGUAACAUGAGUUGUCUGUUGUCGCAUUCCAUUCUCUAAUACGUGAUUUGAAAGACCUAGAAAAAUAAAUGGAAUAUGAAGGAAAUAAAUGGAAUAUGAAAGAA